AUGUCAUUCUCUUUCACAAACAGGAGCAGCAGAGAAAGUCUGGACUUUCUCAAAUCUUACAAACCCCUAAACAGAGAAGUCAGUCAUCUCAGGAUUCUGCUCUAUGGUCCCGUUGGUGCUGGAAAGUCCAGUUUUGUGAACUCUGCUGACGCCGCUUUAAGAGGUCGUGUUACUGGGCGAGCUGAUACAGAUUCAACCAUGUCUGAGAGCAGCUGCACCAAGGAAUACAAGACUUACAAAAUCAAAAAAGACGAUCAGAGCUUCUAUUCUUUCGUUUUUAACGACAUCAUGGGAAUUGAGAAAAACCUGAACUAUGGAGUCAGUGUGGACGACCUGAAACUGGCUCUGCAGGGACAUAUGAAGGACAAUUACAAGUUCAACCCUGUCAGCCCCCUGACACGGAACGAUCCAGGCUACAACUCCAAUCCCUCUUUGGAUGACAAAGUCCACAUCCUGGUCGGGGUCAUUCCUGCUAAUCAAGCGUCUCUGUUAACUGACGACAUGGGGGUGCACUGA